AUGUCGUCGUCAUCAAGUACAUUCACUGUAUCUCCCCCUUCCUAUGUCACAGCAGUUGGCACCGCACUCCCACCACCCUCCAAAAAUGCAACGUCUGGUCCCUACAGUCAAAGGAAACCAGACACAUUGGACAAAACGGUCGCGUUCUUGGCAAAGCGCGAUGGCAUUGACAAGGUCCUCAAGUUGAUCCGGUACACUUCAAAGCUGGUACUUGCCAGUGCAUUGGCGGACUCAAAGAGCGAUCUGGCGCUUCGGCUGAAGGCAUUUGAGAGCAGCAUUGGCACCAGCAGGAAAGCCUACCGUUUGGGUAAAUGGCUUGCAAACGUCAACGCCAUUCGGAAGAUGCCCCUGACCACGCGUUUCAGCUAUCUGGAGUGGCUUGCAAGCGGUGGCGAAGGGGUGUACUACUUUGUGGAGCAGCUCACCUGGUUGGUGAAGGCGGGGGUGAUCCCACAGAGGCAUGCGCGGCUAUUUUCCCUCAUCAGCGCCUCGGCGGAGCUGGUGGGCUAUGUGGGCAGCAUCACGCUGUGCGCGCUGCGCAUCGCGGCAGCCUUAGAGCGAGAGCGCGCCCUCACAGAGGAGCUGCACCGGCGCAAGAAGCAGGCGGAGUACGGGGACUCGGAGUUGCGGGCCGAGGUGCGCGCGCUGCAGGAGCGGCGGCUGCUGCGGACACUGGCGCUGACUCAGGACAUAUCUGACGCGCUGCUCGCAGUCUCUGACAUCCGUGAUGGCAAGGGGCGGCUUUCGAAUCCAGUGCUGCUGGCGUCCGGGGGCCUCAUAUCUGGGCUCAUAUCUGCCAGGAAAAACUGGAUUGCCUUGUAA